GGGCUCGUCUCUCAGUCGCCGAGUCUGCUCCCGGCCGGGCGGGGCGGGAGGACGCGGGCGGCUGGGCGCUGACCCGGGCCGUAAGCCGCUCUAGUGCCCCAGGCGCCGGCUCCGGCCCGUUUUAUGCCCGCGCCAGGAGUCCCGGCCCGGGGCCUCCUCUUCAGCAAACGGGGCGCGGCGGCGGCUCCGCAAGGAGCCCGGCUGAGCCCGGGGGGUCCGGCCCAGCAGCAGCGGCCGGAUCGCGAGUGGGGGAGGGGGACAGGCUGGGACCCGGCAGGGGAGGAGGGAGGGACUGGAGGAGGGGGGAGCGGAGUGGGCAGGGGGAAGGGAGGAACCAGGGGGCGCAAAGAGGGGGAGGAGAGGCGGGCUUUGACACCCCCCCCACACACUCCUUGCGGCCACCCCUGUGGUGUCCAUCCCAAAACCGGAGCCUCGGGCUACUGAAAGGGCAGAGGCUGGGCCUCUGGCCUGUACCAGUCAUGGGCAGGAUGGGCCGCUGGAGGAUGAUGACUUGUCUUUGAAAAGGACAGCGGUCUUCCCCUGCCUAAGACCCACAGCACCUCCUUCGUUCACUCUGACUAUUCCUCCCUUCUAGGGUCUCUUCUCUGUCUUUCUGGAGUUCCCAGGGACAGGGACCAAGCCCCAAUCAAGAAGCGCACCCCCAAACAGUGGAGUAAUAACUCCCUCACACCUUGUAACCUGGUCACAAGCCCACCCAACCAUCACCUGACUUUCACCCUUCUCCUUCAUCCAAGCUCAUCCUCUCCAGCUCAUUCUCAGCCUCCUUUGUCCUGCUUCUCUAGUCCUGCCACCCCCACCAUUCUUCCCACUGUCCCAGCACCAGGAUCCUAAUCUUAGGAGGCAUCGCUUCUUAUUGAACUAGAGAAUUCCGGGAUCUGGGCCAUACUCCUUAGUGGACAGCCCAUCCUCAGAGGAGGCGAAGGAGAAAGCCCGAGGAAGAACAAGGGAGCCAGCACGAGGUCAGGCCAGGAGAUCCCUGAGGACAGAGACUGUGGGGAGACAGGGACUGAGGAGGAAGCAUGGGAGCUAGAGCCUGGGCCAAAGGAAGAAAGAGAGGAGCCAGCAGAGAGCUGUUUGUGGGGGAGGCUCAGCAGCUGUCUUUCCUAAGAUGGGGACAGAUGGGCCUGGUUAUUUCUCUUGUCACAUGUAGAGUGGUCGGAAUGGAAGAGAGCCAUUGGGCAAUCAAGGGCAGGCCUGCACACAGAGCUAAGUGUGUUUAGCUGUCCAGGUGCCUGUGCCCCCAGUAGAAAGAAAGGCACCUGAGUCUAGUCCAUCUGUCUGCUUUUCUUUCCUUUUUAUCUCAUUAUGUAGCCAUGGCGAGCCUAGAACUCACUAAGUAGACCAGGCUAUCCUCAAACUCAUGGAGAUCCACCUGCUUCUGCCUCCCAAGUGUUGGGAUUAAAGGCAUGCUUUGGGGCCAGUCUUUUUUUUUUUUUAAAGAUUUAUUUAUUUAUUAUGUAUACAGAAGAGGGCAACAGAUCUCAUUACAGAUGGUUGUGAGCCACCGUGUGGUUGCUAGGAAUUGAACUCAGGACCUCUGGAAGAGCAGUCGGUGCUCUUAACCUCUGAGCCAUCUCUCCAGCCCUUUGGGACCAGUCUUAACCAAACGCAUACCCCUUCACUCCCCAGCUCCCUCAAACUGUCCAUACCCUCUUUCCUAUAACAUGGUCAUUCCCUAAUAUAAGCAACACCUAAAUUGCCAGUUGGAAAGGGAAAUGCCAGGAAAGCUAAAGAACUGUUGGAUUUUGGCAGCAGGUAUAGUGUUCAGGGAAAAGAAAUUUGGAGAGCCAGGAACUGAAACUCCAUCAAUCUAAAACAAGACCUCUCUUUCCCAUGGACAAAUGAGUUCUCCUGGACUAACCCUCUCCUGCCCCCUCAUCCAGAUCCCAGGUUCUCAUGUCCCAUAGGACAUGAGACAGCUCCCCCUAUGUAAACCCUCUCUGGAGCGUGUGUGUGGAAGAGCUGGGCUCCAUUCAUGGACCAUGGUCCAGGCAGGGGCUCCAGUUCCAGUAGGUAGGAAAAGAACUCGUCAUUUCCGGGGCCUUCACCAGGACUUGGUGGCUCUGGGCUUUCUGAUUGGGUGGAAGUGGCCUGGGCAGGCUUGUGACCCUACAGCAGAGGAGGGGCUGUGCCCCAAGAGUGUCUUCCUACCUACCUGCUCCCCAGAGUGCGGCCUGCUGUGCACCUUGGUCCUGGAGCCCUUCUCCAGCCGGACAGAUUCCUUAGCCCACCUGUGCCCCACACCACUCUGUGCAGAAGUGCAAGAGUUCAAGCCGCCUCCAUGGCCCCAGGAAAGAUUCAGGGGAGAGGCCCCAUACAGGGAGCCCCUCCAGCCAGAAACCCUGGCCAGAAUGGAGCUGACUGAUCUGCUCCUGGUGGCCAUGCUUCUCCUUACUGCAAGACUAACUCUGUCCAGCCCAGCUCCUCCUGCCUGUGACCCAAGACUCCUCAAUAAACUGCUUCGUGACUCCCAUCUCCUUCACAGCCGGCUGAAUCAGUGCCCUGACAUCAACCCUUUGUCUACGCCUGUCCUGCUACCUGCUGUGGACUUCAGCCUGGGAGAAUGGAAGGGCCAGACGGAACAGACCAAGGCACAGGACAUUCUAGGGGCAGUGACCCUUCUACUGGAGGGAGUGGUGGCAGCCCGGGGACAGCUGGAACCCUCCUGCCUCUCAUCCCUACUGGGACAGCUUUCUGGGCAGGUUCGCCUCCUCUUGGGAGCCCUGCAAGGCCUCCUGGGAACCCAGCUUCCCCCACAGGGCAGGACCACAGCUCACAGGGAUCCCAACGCUAUCUUCUUGAACUUCCAACAACUGCUUCGAGGAAAGGUGCGCUUCCUGCUGCUGGCAGAAGGCCCCACCCUCUGUGUCAGACGGGCUCCGCCCACCACAGCUGCCCCACGCGGUACCGCCCAACUCCUCACCCUAAACGAGCUCCCAAACAGGACUUCUGCAUUGUUGGAGGCGAACUUCAGUGUUUUAGCCGGAACUCCUGGCCCUGGGCUUCUGAGCAGGCUUCAAGGACUCAGAACCAAGAUUGUCCCUGGCCAGCUGAAUCAAACCUCCAGGUUCCCACACCAGAUCGCUGGAUACCUGAACAGGACACACGGACCUGUGAAUGGAACUCAUGCUGCGGCCUCAUUUCAGACCGUGGAAGCCCCAGACAUUCUGCCAGGAGCUUUGAACAAAGGCUCCCUGCCACUCAGCCUCCAAAGUGGAUAUCCUCCUCCUCCUCCUCCUCUCCAUGCUGAUGGACACACACUCUUCUCUCCUUCACCUACCUUGCCCACCUACAGGUCUCCACCUCAGUUCCACGCCCCCUUCCCUGAUCCCUCCACCCCUGUGCCUAACUCUGCCAGUCCUCAUCCAAUCCCAGUGCACCCUCAUUCCCAGAAUUUGUCUCAGGGAGCAUGAGGCACAUGGGCACCACCAGCAUCUGCAACUUCUCUGAGGCACAAGCCUCCUUCCCCAGGAGAGGCUUCGAGAGGGCACUGCAUCUGCACUACACGUCCCGCUUUCCCUGGGAAAGGGGUACACAGGACAGGCUGUCAUAAAACUUUAGGAGCUAUUUUUUUUUUAACCUAUCAGCAAUAUUCAUCAGAGCAGCUAGUUAUCUUUGGUCUAUUUUCUGUAUAAAUUUGAAAAUCACUAA